AUGGCCCUCGUAGUCAUCUACAACGGGCUAUAUGGUCCUGAUGACUUUGGUCUGUAUAUCCCCGCCGAUGAGGACGGUGGCGAUUACACCCCGGUCGACCGCGGCGACUAUGUGCAGGCCGUCCGCAACGCCCCUCACAUGCCAAACAAGAUCGCAUAUGACCUUGCAACAAAACUCCCUAUUGCAGCUGGCGGCACGGGGCUCUCUUUCUUCAACGUUCUGGGCGAUAAAUCCGACAUAACUGGUGCCAUCCAUUCAAUCAACAUCUUCUACGAGACUGAGGGCACCGGAAUUGGUACUGCCACGGAACGCAGCGGAUCUCACUCUUGGUGGUGUUGCGGCCUACAGGGGUGA